AUGGCUGAAGCUGUGAAAUUUCACAAUAGCAUCCAACCAUAUCUCCCAGAAGAAAUCAUAGAGAAAAUCCUAUUGAGAUUGCCCCACGAGUCUGUCAUAACAUCCAAACUUGUCUGCAAAUCAUGGUACACAUUCAUCAAAAGUGACUAUUUUGUAUGGAACCACCUUCAUCAUCAUCAUUCUCCUUCACACAACACCACUACUGCUAAAGCAUUAAUCUUGGCACAGUCUCCGAAGAUUGUGUCAAAGUUGUUGAAAUCACUUGUUAUCCCUGUCUCUUGGGACGAUGAUAAUAACGAUGAUCAAAGUGACCACAUUCGAGUUCAUAAUUUAGAAAAACUCAAUGUGAUUCCAUAUCCAAGGCUACUGUUAAAAGGGCUCCAUUGUAAUGGGGUCGUUUGUUUCUCAUCACGCACAAUCGAUCAAAAGAUCAAGAUCGUCUUCUAUAAUCCAACAUUGAGACAAUGCAAGAUUUUGGACAUACCACUUGUGCCCGGGUUUUGGUUUUUGACAGAAGGAUUUGGCCACGACCAAAGAAGAAACCUCUACAAGUAUCUCAGAAUCUUACAAUCUAAAGAUCUUCACAGUCGAACGUGUAGAGUUCUGAUCUGUACUCUGAGCAGUAGUAGCAGCAGUUGGAAAGAGAUUGACUUGGAUACUAAGCUAUAUAGAGAUGAGUCGAUGCCACACAUAUAUGUGCCAGCACUCCAUCCUGAUGGUGUGUACCUUAAGUCUUUUUACUAUUGGCUCACUUGGGCAGACAAAAUCAAUGGAAAAAUUCUCUCAUUUGAUAUGUGGAGUGAGAAAUUUGAUUUGAUAUCACUGCCGUUUGAGACCCAAGAUGAAAAGUAUUCGAUAAGCAGACUCUCAGUGUGGAAAGCAGAAUUUCUUGUACUAUUUAUGAUGAAAAUGGAUACCCUUUCUACUCUUGAAAUGUGGGUUUUGGUUAGUGGCGUUGGAUGGAGGAAGCAUCUUACGAUCGACACGUGUUACCAUGCACAUCCUUUAGGGUUUUGGAGUCAUGAAGAACUCUUGAUAAAAUCUCCAAAUCAACACAUUGUGUCUUAUAACAUUCGAACCAAGAAGACUAGGAAACUUGAUAUUCCUAAGAAAUUAGAAGUGAGCAGCCUUCGAAAAUUCCCUAAGAACCCUAGAAACUCAAAAUAUUGGGUCAGAAAAGUAAAAGCAAGUGCAGAUCAAAACAAUUCAGAGAAAGAGGGAAGGAUCAAGACAGUGAUUAUCGAGGUUCACCACCAAGAUUGGGGCUACAUCCGUUGA